AAAUGAAAAACGAUUUUAAUUUUAAAUAAAAAAUAAAAAUCCUCUCUUAAUAACCGGGUAAACAAAGAUAUAAAAAGGAGCUUCUUGAACCCCAAACGGAACUCAUAAAUAUUAAAAUUAAAAAAAAAAAAAAAAUUUCCCUCACUCUCUGCUCCUCUUCUUUCCCUCUCAUUUCUCUCUCGCUCUUCACAUCUUCAAACUCCGUUCUUCGCUUCAAACGGUGCGCCGCUACCGGCACCGACUACUCUAGCACUGAAUUUGUUGCCAAUUAUUGGCAUUUUUGAAUUGAAGAUUGGUUAUUGAAAGGCUAAAGAAUCAAAAUGGCUGACCAGCGAAACCCUAGCGGAGGCCAAAAUGCUUAUACAAUUAACACAGAUAAGUUCAAAGUGAGGCUUCAGGCCUUGUAUUCACAUUGGAACGAACAUAAAGAUGAACUGUGGGCUUCGGCUGAUGCGAUUGCAAUAGCUACGCCGCCUCCUUCUGAUGAUUUGCGGUACUUGAAAUCAUCGGCCAUGAACGUUUGGUUACUCGGCUAUGAGUUCCCGGAGACCAUAAUGGUUUUUAUGAAGAAGCAAAUUCAUUUUUUGUGUAGCCAAAAGAAGGCUUCUUUGCUUGAAGUUGUUAAGAAGCCUGCCCAGGAGGUUGCAGGAGGAAUAGAUGUUGUUAUCCAUGUGAAGCCAAAGGGUAAUGACGGGACUGGGUUAAUGGAAGCUAUAUUUCGAGCUUUUCGUACUCAGGCAAAUGCUAAUGUUAUUGGAUACAUAGCCAAAGAGGAACCUGAGGGUACUCUUUUGGAGACUUGGGCAGAGAAACUGAAGACUGCAGGUUUCCAGAAGAUAUCAGACGUAUCAAAUGGGUUUUCUGACCUACUUGCCAUGAAGGAUGCUGAUGAGAUCUUGAAUGUGAAGAAAGCAGCUUACUUGACUGUUAAUGUUUUGACCAAUGUUGUUGUCCCCAAUCUAGAGAAUGUCAUUGAUGAGGAGAAGAAAGUCACCCAUUCUUCUUUGAUGGAUAUAGCAGAGAAGGCAAUCAUGGAUCCUGCCAAAGCUAAGGCAAAGUUAAGGGCAGAGAAUUGUGAUAUAUGUUACCCUCCCAUAUUUCAGAGUGGAGGAGAGUUUGAUCUCAGGCCUAGUGCUGCCAGCAAUGACGAAUAUCUCUACUAUGAUCCUGCCAGUAUCAUUAUAGUUUCAAUUGGAGCCCGUUAUAACAAUUACUGCUCCAAUCUUGCCAGGACAUUCUUAAUUGAUGCCAAUCAGAAGCAGAGUAAGGCUUAUGAGGUUCUGCUCAAAGCCCACGAAGCAGCAAUUGGUGCACUGAAACCUGGAAAUAAAAUCAGGGCUGUAUAUCAAGCAGCUCUUUCUGUGGUCGAGAAAGAGGCUCCUGAAUUAGUUCCAAAUCUGACAAAAUCUGCAGGGACAGGGAUUGGCCUCGAGUUCCGUGAGUCUGGUUUGAAUCUUAAUGCGAAGAAUGAUAGAGUCUUGGAACCAAAUAUGGUUUUUAAUGUAUCACUUGGUUUUCAGAACUUACAGAACCAAACAAAUAACCCGAAAACCCAGAAAUUUUCUCUAUUAGUUUCUGAUACAGUUAUUGUAGGUGUGAAUCCCGAUGUGGUAACUUCUAAGUGCUCCAAAGCUGUUAAGGAUGUGGCUUACUCAUUCAAUGAAGAAGAGGAAGAGGUAAAACCAGAACCUAAACGGGUUAAUGGCACAAUGGUAUUACCAUCCAAGACAACACUGCGAUCUGAUACUGGAGAGAUUUCUAAAGAGGAGAUUCGAAGGCAGCACCAGGCAGAACUUGCCCGUCAGAAAAAUGAAGAAACUGCUCGGCGACUUGCUGGUGGAGAAGGUGCAGCAGGAGAUAACCGGGCUGUUGCAAAGGCUUCAACUGAUUUGGUAGCCUACAAGAAUGUCAAUGAUAUUCCUCCUGCAAGAGAUUUAAUGAUUCAGAUAGACCAGAAGAAUGAGGCUGUCCUUCUGCCUAUUUAUGGGAGUAUGGUGCCUUUCCAUGUUGCUACAAUAAGGACAGUUAACAGCCAGACGGACACCAAUAGAAAUAAUUACAUUCGCAUUAUAUUUAAUGUUCCAGGAACCCCUUUUAAUCCACAUGAUGCGAAUUCAAUGAAGCACCCAGGUGCAAUUUAUCUGAAGGAGGUUUCAUUUCGCUCCAAAGACACUAGGCACAUUAGUGAAGUGGUUCAGUUGAUUAAGACACUUAGACGGCAUGUUGUGGCCAGGGAGUCUGAGAGGGCUGAGAGGGCAACUUUGGUUACUCAGGAGAAACUUCAGCUUGCUGGGAACAGAUUCAAGCCAAUAAGGUUGUCUGACCUUUGGAUCCGUCCACCAUUUGGUGGCCGUGGGAGAAAGCUUCCGGGUGCUCUGGAAGCUCAUGUAAAUGGGUUUCGCUUUUCAACAAGUAGACCUGAUGAGCGUGUGGAUAUUAUGUUUGCAAACAUCAAGCAUGCAUUUUUCCAGCCUGCAGAAAGGGAGAUGAUUACUCUUCUCCACUUUCAUCUCCACAACCACAUCAUGGUGGGAAACAAGAAGACCAAGGAUGUGCAGUUUUAUGUUGAGGUGAUGGAAACAGUCCAGACUCUGGGAGGUGGAAAGAGGUCUGCGUAUGACCCUGAUGAAAUUGAAGAAGAACAAAGGGAAAGGGACAGGAAGAAUAAGAUCAACAUGGAUUUUCAAAGCUUUGUAAAUCGGGUUAAUGAUCUUUGGAGCCAACCUCAGUUUAAUGGACUUGAUCUUGAGUUUGAUCAGCCUUUAAGAGAGCUUGGCUUCCAUGGGGUUCCCUACAAAACCUCAUCUUUCAUUGUCCCGACUUCAAGCUGCUUGGUUGAACUAAUUGAGACUCCUUUCCUUGUGGUUACCCUCAGUGAGAUUGAGAUUGUGAACUUGGAGAGAGUAGGUCUUGGUCAGAAAAACUUUGAUAUGACCAUUGUGUUUAAGGAUUUCAAGCGUGAUGUCCUCAGGAUUGAUUCCAUUCCAUCAACAUCACUGGAUGGCAUCAAGGAAUGGCUCGACACAACAGACAUUAAGUAUUAUGAGAGCAAGUUGAAUCUGAAUUGGCGACAGAUACUGAAGACAAUAACUGAUGAUCCUCAGAGUUUUAUAGAUGAUGGAGGCUGGGAGUUUUUGAAUUUGGAAGCUAGUGAUUCAGAUUCUGACAAUACAGAGGAUUCAGACAAGGGUUAUGAGCCAUCAGAUGCGGAACCUGAAUCUGAAUCAGAUGAUGAUGACUCUGAUAGCGAGUCCCUGGUGGAGUCUGAGGAUGAGGAGGAGGAGGAUGAUACAGAGGAAGACUCUGAGGAAGAAAAAGGCAAGACAUGGGAAGAGUUGGAGAGGGAAGCAAGCAACGCAGACAAGGAGAAAGGGAAUGAGUCGGAUAGUGAAGAGGAGAGAAAUAGAAGGAAAAUGAAGGGCAAGUCUCGUGCCCCUCCUAGUAGCAGCAUGGCCAAGCGCUCCAGGUUCAGAUAGAUGUGCUGGGAUUAUUUUCUUUUCUUUGUAUGUGUCUUGUGUUUGAACAAGUAGGCAGUUUCCUGACCUGGCAUUGGAGCCAUUAGCUAAUGGUAGCUUCUAAGGUUAAUUUUCUAUCCAUUAUGUCCUUUGGACAUUGAAGUAGGAGUCCUGAAAGAUAUAUUUUUGCAUGUAAGUUAGUGACAUUAGUUUUUAAUGGAAUGGAAGUUUUUAUCCACAGCUAUUCUCUGGAA